UUUUUACUAAGAAAUUAGCAUAAUAUACCAUUAAAAAUUUUUUUAUAAUUUUAAAAAUAAAAACAAAUACAUAAAUUAAUAAAGAAAGAUAUAUCGAGUUAAUACUUGAUAAAUUUAAAAUAAAGAUUAUAUCAAUAAUCAUUCCGUCAUCAAUUUUCAGUUAACCACCCCUCUGCUUGAUUGAAAAAUCCGUGGGAAAUAUUAUGUCAGUGUCAACUCAAAAAAAUUCGGUUGUCGAGGAACACGCCACAGAAAAUGGGGACCACUGGGACAAAAAUAUGAUACGAGAAGCUUUGGAGGUUAAGAAACUUCCAAGAAUGCGGAUCACUUUUUCGCUGAUUGAAUCCAUAGGAGCUUUGGCAAAAAUUUUGAAAAUUUUUGAAAAACACCACGUCAGCUUAAACCAUAUCGAAUCGCGGCCUAGCAAAACGCUAAAAACUUAUUACGAUUUUUUGGUCGAAUUUAACACUGAAAAUAAACCAACAAGCAAUAAAUCUGAUCAAGACGAAGAACAAAAUAAAAACGUUAUAAAUUUAUUUGAGGAUUUGAAGAAAAAAACUGGCUCUAUCAAGAUCUUAGCCUCGGAUGGUAUUCACCUAUCAGAAGAAAGUAUUUUAAAUGGUCACGUGAAUGGAAGCGAUAGCGAAGGGAUCCCUCAUUAUAAAGAUUCCGUUCCGUGGUUUCCUAUAAAAAUAAAAGAUUUGGACAAAAUAUCGAAUCGAAUUCUGUCAUAUGGUUCAGAAUUGGAAUCCGAUCAUCCGGGAUUCAAAGAUCAGAUCUACAGGGAACGUAGGAAAGAAAUCGCCCAAAUUGCCAUGGAUUAUAAACAUGGUCAACCGAUUCCUAAAGUCGAGUACACUCCACAGGAAAUAAAAACUUGGUCUACCAUAUACAAGGAGCUCACCAAAUUGUAUCCAACCCACGCAUGCAGAGAAUUUAAUCACGUGUUCCCUCUAUUGACCGACAAUUGCGGUUACACCGAAAACAAUAUACCACAAUUGGAAGACGUGUCAAAUUUUUUGAAAGAUUGUACAGGUUUUACAUUGAGACCAGUAGCGGGUUUGCUAUCAAGUAGAGACUUUUUAGCUGGAUUAGCCUUCAGAGUCUUUAAUUGCACGCAAUACAUACGUCACCAUUCUGUUCCCAUGUACACACCCGAACCUGAUGUAUGCCAUGAACUACUUGGCCACGCACCUCUGUUCGCCAAUCCCAGCUUCGCGCAGUUCUCUCAAGAAAUUGGUCUCGCAAGCCUUGGAAUCGCGGAUGAAUACAUAGAAAAAUUGUCAACAUGUUAUUGGUUUACGGUUGAGUUCGGACUCUGUAAGCAAAAAGGCGAAAUGAAAGCUUAUGGCGCUGGAGUUCUAUCUUCCUUUGGAGAGUUGCAAUAUGCCUUAUCCGAAAAGCCAGAGAUCAGGCCAUUUGAUCCGUUCAAAACCGCGAUUCAACCCUAUCCGAUAACUAAAUAUCAACCAUUAUACUUCUACACCGAUAGUUUUACCGAUGCGAAGGAUAAAUUGAUGGCAUACGCAGCUACAAUACCACGUGACUUUUCGGUUCGUUAUAACCCUUACACCCAAAAUAUCGAAAUAUUGGAUAACAAGGAAAAUAUUAAUUCGUUUUUCAACGAUAUCAAAUGGGAACUGCAAACUCUUCAAAAUGCUUUACCGAAAGUAAUAUGAGCCUCAAAGACGUCAAUUCUAAAUUGGAUUAAUAGGCCAUGCCGCAAAUACAAUAACACUUAUAUACUUACACUUUAAAUUAUUUUAUAUAAAUAUAUAAUUUUUGUCUAAUAUAUAUCACAAAUAUGGUAAUUUUAUUUCCCAGUAAUUUGAUUUAAUUAAUUAAUGGAAAAAAAUUGAUAAUAUUA